AUGGCGUGCAGCAGUGAAGUACAAAUCGAUGUGGAGAAGCUAUUUUCCCUGGAUCCUUACCUCAAAGAUUAUGAAAAAGAAAUUACGAGAAGGACUGAAGUUUUUAAACAAAUGCUGGAAUUAUUUAAAAAGGUCGAAGGAGGAAUUGAGAAUGUCAGUCUUGGCUACAAAUCCUUUGGUGUUCAUGUUCAACCAGAUAAUGGCAUUGAAUGGCUUGAAUGGGCCCCUGGAGCCAGAGGUGUUUACUUAAGAGGAGAAUUCAAUAACUGGGAAAAGCAGCAAUAUCGUUUUCAAAAACUGGAUUUUGGUCGUUGGAAGUUGACUCUACCCCCUACAAAUGAUGGAGAAUGUCCAAUUAGACACAAUAGCCUCAUGAAGUUGGUUAUUGAGACACCAAGUGGUGAAUUGGUUGACCGUCUCUCCCCUUGGGCUACAUAUGUUGUCUGUACAAAUGUGCCUGUAUUUGACCAUUGUUUUUGGAAUCCUCCAGAAUCAGAAAGAUAUCAGUUCAAACAUCCUCGCCCACCAAAACCCACUCGCCUUCGGAUUUAUGAAACUCAUGUUGGAAUCUCAUCGUGGGAAGGCAAAGUGGCGAGUUACAAAUGGUUUACUCAUCAAGUGAUACCCAGAAUUGCUAAACUUGGCUACAAUUCUAUUCAACUAAUGGCUAUCAUGGAGCAUGCUUACUAUGCUUCUUUUGGUUAUCAGGUAACCAGUUUUUAUGCUGCUUCCAGUCGAUAUGGAAAUCCUGAAGAACUAAAAGAAUUGGUAGAUGUUGCCCAUUCAUAUGGAAUCAUAGUUCUGCUGGAUAUUGUUCACAGUCAUGCAUCUCAGAACACUGUUGAUGGACUCAAUCAAUUUGAUGGAACCACCUCUUGCUAUUUUCAUGAUGGUGGACGUGGCACACAUGAUUUAUGGAAUUCCCGACUUUUCAAUUACACAGAAUUUGAAGUGUUGCGAUUUCUUCUGUCCAACCUACGAUGGUGGAUUGAAGAAUACCAUUUUGAUGGGUAUCGUUUUGAUGGUAUUACUUCAAUGAUCUACCAUUCACAUGGAAUGGGUCAUGGAUUUUCUGGAAGUUAUGAGGAAUAUUUUGGCAUGAAUACUGAUGUAGAUUCUUUGAUCUAUCUAACGCUUUCAAAUUAUAUGUUGCAUAAUCUUUACCCAUUUGUUAUAACCAUUGCUGAGGAGGUUUCUGGAAUGCCUGCUCUUUGCCGUCCAGUGGAAGAAGGAGGAAAUGGGUUUGAUUAUCGGUUAGGCAUGGCUAUUCCUGAUCUGUGGAUCAAACUUUUAAAAACCACCUCAGAUGAAAACUGGAACAUGGGCCACAUUGUUCAUACAUUGACCAAUACUCGGUAUGGUGAGAAAACAAUUGCUUACACAGAAAGCCAUGACCAGGCAUUAGUGGGAGAUAAAACAAUUGCAUUUUGGUUAAUGGACAAAGAUAUGUACACAUCAAUGUCCAUUUUCUCUCCCCCAAACCUGGUCAUUGACAGAGGCAUUGCUCUGCACAAAAUGCUGCGACUUUUGACCUUAGCUAUUGGAGGACAAGGAUACCUCAAUUUCAUGGGUAAUGAAUUUGGUCAUCCAGAAUGGCUGGACUUUCCACGUCGGGGUAACAAUGAAAGUUACCAUUAUGCAAGGCGCCAAUGGAACCUUGUUGAUGACACCACCUUAAAGUAUCGAUUCCUCAAUAAUUUUGAUGCUGCUAUGCUUCAUCUCGAAGAGCAAUACAACUGGUUAGACUAUGCCCCUAAUUUUAUCAGUCGGAAAGAUGAGGGUGACAAAGUGAUUGUCUUUGAGAUAAGGAAUGAUCUUGUAUUUGUAUUCAAUUUUCAUCAAAGCAAAAGCUACACAGACUACAAGAUUGGUGUCCAGAACCCAGGAAUAUAUAAAGUUAUUUUGGAUGCUGACAGUGAGGAGUUUGGUGGACACAAGCGAUUGGAUGUAAGCACUGAAUAUCAUACAUUCCCAGAACCCUGGGAUGGUCGAGAAAAUCACAUGUAUAUUUAUCUUCCCAGUCGUACUGCAUUUGUUCUUCAUAAAGAGAGAUAA